GCCUGUAGGUGGGUGUGUUUAACAGAAGGAAGCAAUGGGAACCCGCCUGUCAGCCAGUCUUUCGAGCUAAUUAGCUCAGCAUACAACAAAGAUAAGUGAGCCUGGGAGCAGGGCCCCCUGAGGGGUCUUUAGAUUCUGGGAAAUGUCUGAUUGGCAGAUGUUAAAAGGGAUUCUUUGGUAAUCCAGUGCAUCAAUGAGCUGCACAAAUUCAGUCCAGGACUGCAAGAAUUCAGGCAUGAGGACACUGUGCAGGAGGCUCACACAGGCAGACCCAAGAUGGACAGAACCUUGGAAUCUCUGAGACACAUCAUUGCCCAAGUCUUGCCUCACAGAGACCCAGCUCUAGUCUUCAAAGACUUGAAUGUUGUGUCGAUGCUACAGGAAUUUUGGGAAGGCAAGCAGCAGCAGAGGGCUGCAUUCCCAGGUGAAGGUGUGGUUGUCUAUGAGUCGCUGCCAGCUCCUGGACCUCCCUUUGUGAGUUACGUGACCCUUCCGGGGGGAAGCUGUUUUGGCAACUUUCAGUGCUGCUUAAGUAGAGCCGAGGCCAGACGGGAUGCUGCUAAAGUGGCCCUAAUCAACUCCCUCUUCAAUGAACUGCCCUCUCGCAGGAUCACCAAGGAAUUCAUUAUGGAAAGUGUCCAGGAAGCAGUAGCCUCCACCAGUGGCACGUUAGAUGAUGCAGAUGACCCCAGCACCAGCAUCGGAGCCUAUCACUACAUGUUGGAGUCAAACAUGGGCAAGACCAUGCUGGAGUUUCAGGAGCUGAUGACCAUAUUCCAGCUACUGCACUGGAAUGGAAGCCUAAAGGCCCUUCGUGAAACGCGGUGUUCCCGACAGGAAGUCAUCUCCUACUAUUCCCAGUAUUCUCUAGAUGAAAAGAUGCGCAGCCACAUGGCCCUGGACUGGAUCAUGAAGGAGCGAGAGUCACCAGGAAUUCUCUCUCAAGAGCUGCGAAUGGCCCUGAGGCAGUUGGAGGAAGCCAGAAAAGCAGGACAAGAACUACGGUUUUACAAAGAAAAGAAAGAAAUCCUGAGCUUAGCCUUGACCCAGAUCUACAGUGACCCUGAGCCUUCCUCGCCCAGUGAAGAUCAGCUGAGCCUCACAGCCCUGUGUGGCUAUCACUAGCAAGGUCAGGUCCUAGGUGCCCCCAAGAAUGGCAGAAGCUGGACUCUAACAUUAGGAAGCUCACUGAAGGAGGUCCUCCGGGGCUUUAGCAUCUAUAGUCACAACCUGAGGGCUGUACUAGUCCUCCCACCCCUUCCAUUCACAGAAUGUGAGAGUAGUAGGAUUAUUACAGGACCCAACAGCCCAUUCACAGUUUUUGCAUCAUGCUGUCAAUAGUUCCACCUCAGGAUGAAAGGAUGAAGACAGGAUUGUUUGAAAAAUACUUUCCAGGCUUAGCUCCAACCUAAAGCCUGGUCGACAUGUGCCUUGCUGGAUUAUACAUGCUGUUUCAAAGAAUAGGCCAAUAUAGCAUCCCCCAAAAGAACAGCAGCCAGGACUAGGGGAAGUAGCAUGAUAGCAAUUUAAGGUUAAAUAAAUACUGUGGAUUGUUUUUUAAAAUAUACAAGGGUCAGAGUCUCUUCCUGAGCUUUGUAAGCUAAGCAAUAGCUUGCACUCAACUAGGUGUAAUCCAAAGCUACAGUGGUAAUUUUAUCUGGACAUCCUACUAUCAAAGAUCUUGAGGUUAUAGUAGUACGAAAAUACUAGAUAAAUUUAAUGUG